CGCGCAGAGUGGACACGCUAACUCGAAACACAUUCACAACACACAGCCGGACUGUGACUCCAAAAUCUGCUUGAACACCGCAAUGGACGGAAUCAGCAAACGUCAAACUUUAGGAAGGUAACCUACAGUGAUGAUGCUCAAGAGACUGGCUGUCAAAUAUCCUGCAGCCGCACACAUAGAUUGAUCUUCAGUCAGUUAUUCUGAAUAUUUAUAUUUUACUGUCAGUGAGUGUAUACGCAGAGAUGUCUGGCUCAAAUCUUAUUGGACGUGUGAGGUCAGCGUUCCGCCGGCAGCCGGACAGCUGGCAUCUCAGUGACACGGCCGCAUUUGAUUUCUCUGAUGAACUGGAUGACGAUGACAUGCCAAAGUUCAACCGUCUAAAGGUAGUUGUGUCCGGAGACGUGGAUGAGUUCCCUGUGGCUGCACACAAUGGCUCGGCGGUCAACACGCUUGUGGUGGAUGAUGAUGACUCGCUUCUGGGCUCGUCAUCGAGUCUCGGGAGCCCUCCUGUGACAACAGACCCCUGCGAGAGCUGCAGGACGUCAAGAGAACACAACAAACGCAGAAGAGUCAUGAGGAAACUGGGCUUUGCUGCACUGUUGUACUUCCUGUUCAUGGUCGGUGAGCUGAUUGGUGGGUAUAUGGCGAACAGUCUGGCCAUCAUGACGGAUGCACUGCACAUGUUGACAGAUCUCAUUGGGAUUAUAAUUUCACUGCUGGCACUCUGGCUGUCCGCAAAACCACCAACAUACAGAUUCACAUUCGGCCUCCAUCGGCUUGAGGUGUUGUCUGCAGGUAUCAGUGUGUUGUUGAUCUAUAUUCUGACGGGUGUGUUAGUGAAUGAAGCUGCACAGAGAACCAUUCAUCAGGAUUUCAUGAUAGAUGGAGACGUGAUGUUGAUCACAGCUGCUGUUGGCGUUGCCGUCAACCUGGUGAUGGGGCUUCUCCUUAACCAAACAGGACAUCUUCACUCUCACUCACAUGGCCACACCCACUCACAUGGGUCACCGGGCCGAGGCCAGGAUCAGGGUCAGCAGGGUCAUGGGAGCCUGGCAGUGCGAGCGGCCUUCAUACACGCUCUGGGUGAUCUCGUUCAGAGUGUUGGUGUUCUCAUUGCUGCGUACAUCGUCAGGUUUAAGCCGGAGUAUAAGCUGGCAGAUCCAUUGUGUACGUACCUGUUCUCGGUGCUAGUGCUGUUCAGCACGUUCCAAAUCAUCAGAGACACUGGAAUCAUUCUACUGGAGGGCGUGCCGCGUCAUGUGGAUGUGUCAUGUAUCAGAGCUGACUUGCUGAAGCUGCAGUAUGUGGAGCGUGUGGAGGAACUCAAGCUCUGGGCCCUUACAGCUGAUAAAACCUCAGCAAUUGUUCACCUGCAGCUUGCGCCGGGGAGUGCGGGUAACUGGGAGGAUGUGCAGUCGAAUGCGCGGCGCCUGCUGAUAAAGUCACACGGGGUUACGCAUUGCACGGUGCAGCUGCAGACGCAGAGGCAGGGGGCACCACGGUCCUGCACACACUGUCUCACACAGCGUGCCUGAAAACAGUAAUGUUGUCUGUCUCUCUCUCUCUCACACAGACACAUCCACACAAGAUGAGAGAGAGAGAGAUAGAUGGGUAAACUGACAUGUUGACCCGGCAGGGUUUUAAAUGAUUGUCUAGCAGCUUUUUUCUAUUAUGAAUAUUGACCUCAUUUUUUAUAUGUCUUUAAUAUAAAUCUCCAUAACACAGAAACAGACCCAGUUUGCUUUUGUUUAGUAUUAUGAAUUUAUCUUUCAGUGAGGAACUCUAACAGCUUGAGUGUGUGUUUUAUGUCUUUUGGGUGAAUCUAAUGAAGAACAUUUCCAGGUCACAUUUAACCUCAGAAUGAAAAGGACAACAUGAGAAAUUAUAUUUUGCACAGAGAAACAUUUGUGUUUUUACUUUUUGAAAUAACUUUCAUUACAAUUUAGCACCACCUCCCCACUCCAAUUUCCCAUUACUAUAACUAUAUAUACAUAUAUAUAUGUAUGUAUGUGUGCACUUUAUUUAUUUUUUAUUUGGGAUGAAAUAUGAUCUGGUAUGUCCUUGACAGGGAACAUAAUCCAAACCCUCUAUGUGCAUGUGUGUUCCCUGUGAGUGUAUGUGUGCAUGAGUAUGUGUUCGCGGUCCUCUCAUAUCUGGACUGGUACUGCCUGCAGUUGAAUUACUUUUUCAUUUCAACAGGAUAAAUAUUGUUUUUUGUGAGUUUAACACAUUUAGAAUAAUUUUCUUCAUAUAUUUGAGUGCCAACAACAAAAGCUACAGAUUGAAUAUAACAUUAUUUAAAUAUCAAUAGUGACUUUCAUCAGUGUUUGGCCGUUUUAUUAUUUUUGUAGACUUUUGGUUAUUGUUUUUUACAAUGAUUAAUUUACACUGACUGUUGAAGCGCUUGAUAGAUUUUAAACACCUGCAUUCUGUAUUCAUGUGUGGUACAGCUGUCAUUGCACACCCACACCACAAGAUGGUGCAUUUAUUGUUUGAAAGUGAAGGUGGGACAGCGAUCUUUUUUUCUUCUUCUCUCGUUUAUGCCUAAUGAAUAAGAGGUAUUAGAUAUAGUCACUGUAAUUACAUAAUUUACAUUGCCAGACAAUAUUUUUUUACAUAACUUUACAUGUUUUCAGAACUUUUUGUUAUUUCUUUUUUCAAAAGGUGUAUACUGUAAACAGUCAUUUAUAAAAUGAAAGAAAUUUGGUUAGCAAUGAAAAAUGAAGCAUUUUUCCUUGUGUAUGUGGUAUAAUUCCAAUAAAACAAAACAAUCAACUGUACUUUAUAUUUUGUUUUUUACAUUACCUUCAAAAUAAAACACGUCAAAUAAACAAAUUUUGAUCACACAUCCCGAUUUUCUUUUAAUACAUGUAUCUAAAUCCUUCCCAAAUAAUCUUAAAUAAAUACAAUAAAACAUAUGAAGAAUUGUUUCUUUCUCAAAUUAUCAGAAUUUGCAGGUACAGUGCAUUCAGAAAGUAUUCAGACCCCUUCAUUUUUUCACAUUUUGUUAUGUUGCAGCCUUAUGCUAAUAUGCUUUAAAUUAUUUACUUUUUCACAUCAAUCUACACUCCUGUGAUGAGGAACUUUU